AUGUCUUUCUCCUGUCAGCAUGGCGAUAUUCUGCCCAAUGUUCUCGGCCAGUCGAGGUCUGGUGGCCGGCCGAAGAGUGUGUUUGAUGGGAAAACCGACCAAGGCACGGACGGAUGGACGGACAAACGAACGGGUGGUGAUGGUCGCGCCGGUCCAUUGGCCAGCCCGACACUGGUACCACGGCAGACGGGCAUUGGUGCGUCCUGUAGAUCUCCGGCACACACACACACACACACACACACACAAAAGUGCAUACACACAUGCAAAAACAUGCACACACGCGCAAAGGAGGCUGUCAUGCCUGUCGCGUCAAGCACAAUCGCUUGCAAUUCACGUGGCGCGCUUCGCCUCAGUCCACCGCUUCGCGUCCCGCUCCAUCACUUGGGCCUCUGUCUCUUCUCCGAGUCCGAACUACAAGAAUCGGGACUCGAACAAGACAACUGGUGGUUGGAAAUCCUGGACUCGAGGCUCAAUACUUGGGAUUGGAAGCGCAGAAAUCGGAAUUGCCAACUACGAGUCGACGGUGGCGGUGGAGGUGGCGGUGGCGGCGGCCAGACGGCGUGGCAACACGGCACGACUGGGCCUAUCUCGGUCGUCAAGACGACGCAGUCCGGUGGUGAAGUCGUGCCGGCCGACACCGUGGAUCUGCUGCUUCACUUUGUCUCAGGCCUCGGGCCUAGGCCCGGCGCCGACAUGGAGAUCCGGCAGAGUUUGGAGGCGAAUUUUCUGACCUGUCGCCUGUGCCAGCAGGUCUAUCGAGAGCCGAAAUUGCUCGAGUGCAUGCACAGCUUCUGUCGGGCAUGCCUGGACGGUGUCGUGGAGACGGCGCGCGCCAAGCUCGAGGCCGAAGAGCGAGCUCGUCGCGACGCCGAGCGCCAAGCCCGUCUGGCCUCGGCCAGCUCGACCGGGAGCACCUUCUACGCCGGCAGCGGCUACACGUCGGGCUACCGUCGCAAGUGGUCCAGCCGACUCAAGUACUACGGCAGCGACUACUCCUCU